GUUUUUAAUCCAAAAGAGGGGGCAGAUCGGUCGCUGCUGGAGCUGACACAGACCGCUCUGCUGUCCCCUGCCCUUCGAGGUCCCGAAGUCUGGCCUGUUUCAGGGGGCUGCUCAUCACCCUGUCAUCAAGGCACUCCACCCCCAUCCUCUCGGCAUCGGUAGAGUUUCCCUGGCGUCUCAGCCACGCGUGGCGCUGGGGAGGAAGAGGAUGAGCCGAGGGCAGGCCAGGAAAGGUCACUUCUUUGCGUGGCGGGUACUCAGGUCCCCCGUAGUAGCAAGAACGGUUUUUCGACUGGUCAUGAGAAUGCGAGUGUCCAGAGGUGGCAGCUGAGACCGGGAAUAAUCCGGUGGAGAACCCCGUAGAGGAACUAAGUCCGCGGGGAGCGCAUGGCGCCUCAGCACCGAGGGCAACGACCUGAUUUCUCCUAGGGUGAAGGAUGUCACCCGGGAGCCAGGAGCCUUCCUCCGGGCGCGCCAGGCCCGCACAGUCCCCGAGCCUUGCGCUCUGGCCCGGGGAUACUGGGGCAGGGACCCAAGGGAGCGGGUGCCCAGGCUUCACUGGCAAGGAGGAGGAGCAGGAGGAGGAGCCCGGCUGUGAGGCGCGGGCGUCACCGCCCACCCGGCGGCGAGGAGGCGGACCUGCUCGGAGCGCCGCGCGCGCCGGGGCUGAGCCUUGCAAACAAGUGUCUCUGGCAGUGUCCCCGCGGCCCUCCGGCGGCCCUCGUCGCGCUAGGGUUGUCUUCUCCGGACAGAAGGAACCGAGGAAGCCCCGGGAGCCGCCACCGCUACCGCCGCCACCACCCUCGGCCUUAGCCCCGCGUUAGGGGCCGCGGACUCAGCUCGGCUGCUCGGCUCGUGGAUGCGGGGUCGCAGCGCGGGCAGCGCCCCGGCUCCUACAGAGCAGCUCCUGACAGAAGAACGCGCGUGGCUGUCCCCACCCCUGGGAGGGGUUGCCGGUGUCGCGAGCUGCCGCUCAGUUUGCAGCUCUCUCUCCUGGGAGAAUCCGUCACCGGGAAAGAGUAGAAACCACCUGGUCGAGGCGCAGAAGUGGCUCCGGAGGGAGCCGGCGUAAGGUCUGCUGCCUCGUGUCCGCUAAGGGCGCGGCGAUCCGGGAUCCGCCGGCCGGAGCCCAAGCGCAGCCGGGAGCUUGCGGGUGGCGAAGCCAGGCGCACCGCCUUCUGGGUGUCUGCUGAGCGGUUCCCCGCGUCCCGCGGGGUCCUGCAGCCCCGACCCCCCGGCUGGAAGCCACGGAGAACCGCUGCCGAGGACUGCGGACCAACAUCGUCCCUCCCGAAAGCGGAUUCUGCUAUGACAGCUGGGCUCUCCAAGGGGUUAACCUGGGUGUCCUCCGUAAAGUUGUCGCCGAGCCGGGAGCCCGUUUAGGGGUCGCAGCGCCGCGGCUCGGGGGGCGGCCGAGUGGCCGGCGGCGGCCGUGGCUCGGCGGAACCCGCGCGGCCGGGGGGCUUCUGGGGGUGUGCGCCCCCAGCCGGCUGCCCUCGUGGAUGCCUCCCGGCGGCGGCGGGCCCAUGAAAGACUGCGAGUACAGUCAGAUCAGCACCCACAGCUCCUCUCCCAUGGAGUCGCCCCACAAGAAGAAGAAAAUCGCGGCCCGGAGGAAAUGGGAGGUGUUCCCAGGAAGAAACAAGUUCUUUUGCAACGGGAGGAUCAUGAUGGCCCGGCAGACCGGCGUCUUCUACCUGACUCUCAUUCUCAUCCUGGUCACUAGUGGACUCUUCUUCGCCUUCGACUGUCGGUACCUGGCAGAGAAGAUCACCCCUGCCAUCCCCGUGGUCGGUGGCAUCCUGUUCUUCUUUGUGAUGGGGACACUGCUUCGGACCAGCUUCAGUGACCCGGGAGUCCUCCCUCGAGCCACUCCUGAUGAAGCCGCUGAUCUGGAAAGGCAAAUAGAUAUAGCCAACGGCACCAGUUCAGGGGGGUAUCGCCCGCCUCCCAGAACCAAAGAAGUCGUCAUCAAUGGCCAGACCGUGAAACUAAAGUACUGUUUUACCUGCAAGAUUUUCCGCCCCCCUCGAGCCUCCCACUGCAGCCUGUGUGAUAACUGCGUAGAACAGUUUGAUCACCACUGUCCCUGGGUAGGCAACUGUGUGGGGAAAAGAAACUACAGAUUUUUUUAUAUGUUUAUUUUAUCCCUGUCCUUUCUGACAGUCUUUAUAUUUGCAUUCGUUAUCACACACGUCAUCCAUCGUUCACAGCAAAAGGGAUUCCUCGAUGCCCUUAAGGACAGUCCAGCGAGUGUGCUAGAGGCUGUAAUAUGCUUCUUCUCUGUCUGGUCCAUCAUUGGCCUUUCAGGUUUCCACACGUACCUGAUCAGCUCCAACCAGACCACAAACGAAGACAUCAAAGGCUCUUGGUCCAAUAAAAGAGGUAAAGAAAAUUACAAUCCCUACAGCUAUGGAAACAUCUUCACAAAUUGCUGUGUCGCCCUAUGUGGGCCCAUCUCUCCCAGCCUAAUUGACAGAAGAGGCUAUGUCCAGCCCGACACACCACAGCCAGCAGCACCAUCAAAUGGGAUCACUAUGUAUGGGGCCACACAGUCGCAGAGUGACAUGAGCUGCAAUGCUGUGGUCAAAUGCUAGAAGUCACCCUGCAAGCCUCUUCCUCAGAAUUUACCAUCGGACAUAGUCUACUUACAACACUUGUCACCAAGUUAUUCUAGUCCUUUUCAUAUUCAAAGUAUAUACCCACCCAGUUCUUGUCUACUCCCAAGAGUAGAAGGCUUUUCUCUAUGAGUCAAGGACAGGAGACAACAGAUUCUCCCACAUGCCCAGAGCCAUGUUUUCACUACCUACUCUCCCAGUAAUCAGUGCUGAAUUUGACCUACGAGGUGAUCUCUGUAUUGGUUACUUUCCUGUUGCUGUGAUAAAAUGCCGUGACCAAAAUCCAACUUACAGAAGGGAGGGUUUAUUUGGGCUUGUGGUUCCAGAGGGAGAGUCCAUAAUUGUGGGGAGAUACAGCAGCAGGAAGCCAGAGCAGGAAGCUGAGAGAACAAACUAGAAGCAGAGAGAGACCACAAACUCUCACAGCCCACCCCCAGGGGUGCACUUCCUCCAGCAAGCCACCCCUUGCUAAAGGUUCCGCAACAUUGCCCCCAGCCCGAAACCAAGUGUUCAAAUACCCUGGCUCUGGGGGACAUGUCAUAUUCAAAUCACCACAGUCACUGUGACCAAAACCAUUUCCAGUGCCUAUCACCUUAAAGGAGCCUCCAAGGAAGAAAAGGAGACUGUUAAGUCAAAUGUGUUCCUGUAGUUUAUUGUAGAACUGGUAUCCUGGUCAAGAUAGCAUUUCCUCUGCAGUGCGGAAAGUGCACAUAGAGAACCAGGCAGUAUUUUAGGGACUAGAUACUGUGGGCCUCCGUGAGCACUCAGAUACUCUGUAUCAGAAAGCCUCACAUGGGCACUCAGAUACUUUGUAUUAGAAGCAAUGGGUGGAUGACUGUAGGGGAGUGGUGUCUAAGGACCCAGGAGGUCUGUUUACUUCCAGACCUGGGGAAAGUCACCAAUAACCUAGCAUCUCCUGUAAGUGGGAUGUGAAUAUUGGAUCAGCAAACAACUGAUGCUCCGGGUAGCAUCAGAAACAGAAUACAUAUUUAUAUUUGAAGGCUGUAGCUACAGAGACCCUUUUGGGAACAUUUGUUAAAGGUAAAGAUGACACAGUGUAUAUUUGGGGAAUUUUUAGAAAUAACUUAGUAUUACUUAAUAUUUUAUAUCCUCCCCCUUAGAGUUCAGAUCUGAAAUGUCCAAGGCCUGGGUCCCACCUGUUGGGAGGUGGUGAAAUCUUAAUUGAAGAACAAUUAUUGAGAGUAUGCCUUGGACAGGGAUCUUGGGCACCCGGCCCCCUUCUCUGUUUGCAUGUUGCCUGUCAUGAAGUAAAUAGGUCGUCUCUGUCUGCUGUCUUCCCCUGCCCCCAGCCCAUAACACACUGUGUCUCUGCAGUCCCAAAGCCACAGAGCCAAGUGACCAUGGGUUGAAGCUGUGAACCCCAAUAAAUCUUUCCUCUUUUUAAAUUGAUUCGCUCAGGGAUUUUUGUCAGAGGAAUGGGAACUAACAGUGCCUUUAAUCUGAUAUCAAGCAAGGCGGAGGCAACAGUUCCACUGUUAAACGAGGUCUCCUCAUAGACCUGAGAAGGCCAGAUCAUCCUCUUAACCUAAAUCUGCAUUCUAGGCGGACUCUGGAAGGUGGGGUAGUCUUCUGUCUAUCAGUUCAUGCCCAUAAGUGGUCAUAAGGCCAGAGACAGAGCUUUACAGCUGAGCAGAAAUAAGCCCCGCCCAGCUUGAGUCCUUUUGACAGAAUUAGAGCAAAAGCCAUGAGAAAUCUAAGCCAUUGUAAACAUGUCUAUAGACCGCAUAGAAAAUUCAUAGCAUUUCAAAACUGCACUUUCAGACAAGCCAUCAGCCAGAAUAGAACGUGUCUCAAGUUUUACCCCCAAAUCUACAGAAAGUGAAAGUAAAUGGUCUCUUUGAUGUUUUGAAGUUUUUAUGGCUUUUUAUAUUUACUUAUAGGGUGUGUGUGUGUGUGUGUGUGUGUGUGUGUGUGUACUCAUGCAUUCGAUGGUGCAUGCGUGGAAAUCCAAGGUUAUCUCCAGGAGUCAGCUCGCUCCUUCUAUCACGUGAGACUAGAGGGAACUCAGGUCUUCAGGCUUGACCGCAAGCAAACACCUUCACCCACUGAGCCAACUCCAUGGCCCUCCGUGGUUUCAGACUGAAGCACUAAAUACUCACCUACUGUGUGGCAUUGCAACAUCUGAAACCAUACAUUUCUUUAUCAUUUAAACAAGGGCUAUGACUCAGAGCAAAAGCCCCAGCGCUCAAGCUACAAAAGUCUGCGGGUAGACACGCAUACAGAGCCAGCUUCUACUCUGGCCUCAUUCAAUAUCUGAUGAAUUUUUAAUCUAAAACAAAAAUAAACAAAAAACAAAAACAACAAAAACCAAUUUUAUAGAUAGAAUCAGUGUUCAAUUAUUGUGGAUCCUUUAAAAGGAUUGUUUUGAAAAUGAAAAUGUUGGUUUCUUCCAUGUGGUAUUAUUCAUCUAUAUGAACUAUCACCAUCAUAAAUAGGGGCUUAGCCUUUUCCUCUUAAGAUUACAUAACAAGGGAGAUAAAUUCAAGUACACUUUAGAAACAGGGCCACCAAAUUCAGAGAAAGAGGAAAGUGGUGAUAGCGCCCUCUACUGGUGGAAGGUUAAAAGUCCGAUUAAAAAAAAAAAAAAAAAAAAAAAAAACAACCUAAAGCGAAAAGCAGAGUGACAGGUGAGAAAGAGGAGAGUGGAAGAUGAGAAGAAAAAGAGAAAACAACCAGAAUGCAAGUAGGAAAGGAAUGUAUCGAAGAGAAAUGUGGAGGGAGAGCACAUAGGGUGUGCAGUAACAGACAGAAAGAAAGUUAAAUAGAAACAGCUUUAAGAAUGGGGGCUUAGAGGUGGCUUACGGGUUAAAAACACUUGCAGCCAAGCCCGACAACCUCGAGUUUAAGCCUGAGAAUCCACAGGGUGGAAAGGGAGCACUGACUUCCUAACAUUAUCCUUUUAACUUCCACAUGCAUGUGCACACGCGCACACACAUGCACACACGCACACACAUGCACACGCGCACACACAUGCACACGCACACACAUGCACACGUGCACACACAUGCACACACGCACACACAUGCACACGCGCACAUACAUGCACACGCACACACAUGCACACGCGCACACACAUGCACACACGCACACACAUGCACACGCGCGCACACGUGCACAUGUGCACACACAUGCACACAUGCGCACACAGGCAUGUGCACACACAUGCACAUUCACCACAGAUAAAUAAAUGUAACUUUUAAAUCCUUUUUUUAAUCAACAAGAGGAACUAGAAAUUAGAAGCAAAGGUCAAACAAGCAAGAGGGGGUGAGGAUAUUUGUAUUGGGCAUCUCCUGAGAACACGGGCUGCUUUCCAAACCAUGAUGUUCUCACAGAGGAUCCAUGACCAUGAGAGUUCCCCCAGUCAUCACCCUUAAAAUUUGAACAGUAUGACAAAUAUUUAAAAAUUCUGACCUGAAAAAGUGUGUAUGUGUGGUGUGUGUGCAGUGUGUGUGUGUGUGUGUGUGUGUGUAAAGUACAAUUAUAGCCCUGCAUAAUCCUGAUUCAUUUGAUUCCAUUGUUCUAAGGAGAUGUUUACUGCAGACACUAUUUAUAUACUUACAGUAUGGAAUGAUAAAUUCCAGUGUACAGAGCCUGUAGUUUGAAACUGAUGAGACCCCACCCUGCCCCAGUUCCGAUCAUUAGAAGAGAUAUGGGCAAUACCUCCCAGAAGUCCAUUUGCAUGAGUCAGGUGGCUUUCCAAGGCUGCAGGAUUUCUCAGCCCUUAGGUUCACAGUUUCUGAACUGUGCUCGUCAGAACCUCAGAAACCUAAGAACGGCAGAGGGGGGGUCAUGAGGCGUUUACACAUAGGUCCUACAACCAGAGAGCGCCCACAGCUAUGCCUACCCAGCCAUUAAGGUGUUAAAACAAAUGUACGUAGAAGUCAGUGUUGAAAUAGACACUUGGAAAGACUUUGGGGUGACUUUAUGCAGGUGUGUGUAUGUGUGUGUGUGUGUGUGUGUGUGUGUGUGUGUACAUACCCAUGUAUAUGCAGGUGUGAGUGUAAGGUAGGUUGGAGCAGAAGUGAGGAGAUCAGAGGUCAAUGUUGGGUGCUGUUCGGCCAGCGCUGUCUAUCUUGUUUUCUGAGAGUCUCUCACGGGCCUGGAACUCAAAACGUCGCCUGGGCUGGCUGGCCAAUGAGCCCUAGGGUCCAUCUGUGUAUGCCUUCCCAGCUUUGGGUUUGCAGAUAUCUGCUGCUAUGCCUGGCUUUAUUAUUAUUUUUUUUUAGCAUGAGUUUGGGGAACCAUACUCAGGUCCUAGUGUUUGUACAACAAACAUUCACCAGCUGAGCCUUUCCACAGUCCAGAUGGCACCCAGUGUCACCACAGAAAUCUAUAAAAUCUAUAAAGCAUUUUCAACAGAGUUCCAGCCAGUGACAACAGCGCUGUGCUUGCUUUUAGCAAGCCAUGAGUCUGCAUGGGAAGCCACCAAAGGGUGAACUGCAGGAGGGGACACGGGUGUGGGGGCUGCACUGCUGCAGAGGGCUUCUGGGAGGGGAAACACUCAGCUGCAAAGAGCGAGACCUUGGAAGGGAACAGUGCCAACAAGAGACCUGGCACUUCAUGGUGCCCCUGGGUUCAUGGUUCCCCACCCCCACCCCCAGCCCAGACCUGGGAUAGCUGUUUAAGUCAGCAAAGUGGUGUUUGUUACUACACAUCUCAGAAGCCACACCAACGCCUGCACUGGCAACCACAUUGUUUAAGAAGGCUCUAUUGGGUACUCAUAAGCUCUGCUGCCUGGCUCAGAUGGGGAAAUGACUGGGGGCGAGAAUGGGCCAGCGAUGGGGGGAUUCAGAACACUGAGUGACAGGGUAUUGUGGCUGCACAUGCGAUCCCAGCACUUCUUUUUCCUGGGAGUCUGUAAGAACCAGUCAGAAGACGUGGGCUGGUCCCUCAGAUAGAAUUCGCCAGUUAGUUUCCAAUGUGAAGGAUUUACUUCAGUCAACAGAGACAAGCACUCUCUUCCUUCCUUAGUGAUGGCGGAUGGUGUGCACAUGAGCAAGAGUCCUGACUGUACCUGAUGACAGCAAGAAUCUGUCAUCCAGAAAAGGCCACUGCUUUCCCAGCUGGAGCCUUCUGGCCUGCCUUGUGGCCCAGGUUCAUUGGCAGGGUACCUGUGGCACUGUGCCUAGCUUUCAUAAGCUGGGGUAUUUGAGGAGCCAGCAUGUCUCUGCCAGCAGGAAUCUUAAAUGGUGAUUGUCACAGAGCAGUCUUACAACGUAUCUCUCUGAGCCUGAUAUCCUGGAAGCAUAUGUUUAAUCAAUGAGGCUGCCCCAUCAGGGCCAAGCUCAUGUGCUAUGCAAAGCAGACAGUGGUGCCUGGGCAUAACCCUGCCUGCUGCCCUGGAAGAUUAGAGUGCUUCUCUAAUGCUCUGAUAGCUCUGGUGUGGGGCAGGAAUGAUUGGGGAGACUGGACAAUGUAUACGUUAGUGGCUCAUGGAGUUUAACCAACAGCCGUUCCAGCUGCUUUUCCCAGUCUUCUCAUCCCUUUGAAUAGCAUCUCCUCAUUCAGUCCCCUCCUCCUUGCUCCCCCCAGCCCUCCCCUCCAUCUCCACAUUUCUUUGACAUUCCGUUGGCUGGGUGAGACCCGAUUCCCCAUCCCCAAGGCUGUCAUCCUCUGCUGGGCUUCCCUUUAAGUCUGGCUCCAGCCUGGAGUCAAAGACUUUAAACUUCUAAUAAACUACUAACUCCUUGGGGCCUCAGCCUUCUCUUCUAGGCUCAUGGACAGGGCGGGGAACUUACAAAAGGCAUGCUCUGGGAAGGGUGCACACACAACGGGGCAUGAAAUAGAGAUCUGCAACCUCAGACGGUUGCUCUCUACUCCCACUAGGGCUGCCUUGUAUGUGUUCCCAUGGGCCGCCAAUGAUGAGAGGCACCUCUGGUUGUGCCUAUUAGCAAUAACAGGGCUAUUAGUAUGUAGUUUGGUAGUGACUUAAAACUCAGGGACCACUAAGCCAAGGAAAGCCAAUAUUUACCAAUAUUUGCACAUCAUGUGUGGUAGUGGUUGGUUUGCUUAAACAAACAAACAAACAGCUUCAUGCACUUGAUCCUCCAUACAUGUAAGUGCGUGCGCGCACGUGGACACACACAUACACACUACAUGUACACAUGCAUACAUACUUGCUUGCACUUCACAAACAAACACAUACACAGAAACUAAAGUUCUCAAACUACAAGAAGCUGUGGUCUCUAUUGCUGUGGGUGGGAAAUCCUGUGACCCUUUUCUGGGAUUGCCUAUAAAUGACAUCCUUUAAGUUUGGAAUCAAGGGCAUAGAGGCUAUAAUGUAGCUAAUAUUGCACCCUGGAGGCCCACAGAGGUACCUGCUCACUAGAGUACUUUAUUCUGCCACACAAGUGUGUAUGUGUCAUGUGCUAGGGUCUCUCCUAAUGUCUGCUCCUUGCCUCUGCCUUACUGACAAGAUACUAAUGGUUUCUCUUCUCCCUCACCUACCCCCUCCCCCGUCCCACCCUCUCCUUUUUCAUCUCCUUUCCACCUUUUCUUUGCUGGCUCCUGCUGCUGUUCUCCAGUGCGACCAAGACCAGUGCAUUCAGAGCACCAAAUUCGUUUUGCAGGCCGCAGCCACGCCCCUGCUUCAGAGCGAGCCCAGCCUCACCAGCGAAGAGCUGCAUAUGCCUGGGAAACCCGGCCUGGGCACCCCAUGUGCUAGCCUGACGCUGGGCCAGCCCACACCACCCUCCUCCAUGCCCAACCUUGCCACGGAGGCCACACUCUCAGACAUUAUGCCCCUGAAGGAUGAGCAUGGGGGCCAUCAGUUUCUGACCCCAGAUGAGGCACCCUCACCGCCAAGGAUGCUGGGGGCAGGCAGCCCUCUAGCACAUAGCCGUACCAUGCACAUGUUGGGUCUGGCCAGCCAGGACUCCCUGCACGAAGACUCCGUGAGGGGCUUGGUAAAGCUCAGCUCCGUGUGACCUGCAUGGCCAGCCCUGGGGACCACAGGUGACAAACAAAAACAAAUUACUGGACAUAGCCAAGAGGACGUUUUGUUUGGAAUCUGCAGAGUGGACCGGGAAGAGGAGACUCCCUCAAUGGGAGGAGCCUGGAAUUGAAAGAGGCAGCGUGGAUGCAGCGUGCAGCGCCCUCUGUCGGCUGCUUUUGGGACAGACACGAGGAAAAUUUUCGACACUGGUGGCCAGACUGAAAUUGGACCUAAUGUUACAGCUACUAAUUGAAAUCCACCCGCCGUUCCAUUUGUUCAUUAAAACAAAACGAAACAAAAGUUCCAAAGGGAAAAGCCGGCCAGACAUGGGAUUGCAUGCCACACUAUAGUCUGUGUUACAGCAGUGGUAUUCCAGAAGAAAAGAUGUCUCUCUGUUUUCCUUCUUUUUAAUCUUGUGAUACUUUCCAAUGUGACAGACCGAACCCGGUGGGUAAUGCCAUCCUUCGCGACUUACUGGACUUAGCUGUAUGAGGAUGGGCGUUUCCUGAUGAAGAGGGUUACUGGGGGCAUCCCCUGUUGCAGACGGCACCUGGGGUCUAUCCUGCCCUGGACAGACAUUUUAACCCUCUGUCAAUGCUCAGAUGGAUGUCAUAUUGUGCCACCAUGGGGCAGUCCUCGCCUCCUGUGUGACAAUGACCUUCCUAUGGACAGCCAAUAAAAUGACUCCUCUGUUAUUUUCUUGAUCUGUA